ACCCAUAGCUUCCACGUGUCAUUAGGCACACAAUCUGCACGCGUUCAACGCGUCAAUACCGCGUUCUUAUCCCAUACAAAUACUGCUCGAAUAAUCCCUGCCUUCCAUCAUUUUCUUGUCGCGUUCUUUUCCUCCCUCGAUCAGAAAACACUCGCUCACUACUUUGCCAUAAAAAAAAAAAAAAAAAAAAAACAUGGGUGGUGGAAAGGAUAAGAAUGAUGAAUCUGACAAAGGGUUAUUCUCGCAACUGAUUCAUGGUGCCUCUGGAUAUCCUUCUGGUCAGUACCCUCCUGCUCCUGGGGCAUACCCGCCUGGGGCAUACCCUCAACAAGGCCACCCGCAACAAGGCUACCCGCCUCAAGGCUACCCGCAACAAGGCUACCCGCCUCAAGGCUACCCGCCACAAGGCUACCCACCUCAAGGCUACCCACCACAAGGCUACCCGCCUCAAGGCUACCCACCGGCAGGUUAUCCUCCUGGUGCAUACCAACCAUCUGGGUAUCCUGGACCAUCUGCUCCACAUCAGUCAGGACAUGGCAUGGGUUCAUCAGGACAUGGCAUGGGUGGCAUGGGUGGCCUGUUAGCUGGGGGUGCUGCUGCAGCUGCAGCUGCUUAUGGUGCUCACCAACUUUCCCAGGGCGCGCACUUUCCACAGGGCUCCCACUCGCUUGGCAAUUUUGGAAAUCAUGGCAAUUUUGGAAAGCAUGGCAAAUUCAAGCACGGGAAGCAUGGCAAGUUCGGGAAGCAUGGUAAGCAUGGGAACUUUGGGGGGAAGUUCAAGAAGUGGAAAUGAUCUGUUUUAUAUCUCGCCGAAUUUAGUCAUGUUUAUUACUCUAUUCAGAUCCUGGUUUUCUUAUAAAUAAACCAUACUUUUUUAUGGUUUCUGCGACGCUGUGUGGCAACUACAGUUGGCCCACAUAAUUGCCAUAUGGCUUUCUUAUAUAUAUAUAUAUAUAAUAUACAGAUCAUCUUGGCCAGUUGAGAUGUAUAUACGUUGUUCUUUUCCUGCUAUGAAUGGACCGUUCCAGAACUGUUUAGUUUUUAGUCCUUUAUUGUUAAGUUUUCGCUUGGUUUUUAAGCACAGCGGAACCCCUAGGGGUUAGCUGGUCUUGGUAUUGUAUAUAUAUAAUAUACAGAUGACUUAAUCUCUUUACCUAUUGUUAUCUCUUUGUAAUCAGGAAUUUUGUUGAAAUCUAUAA